AUGAACGACCGCCGGCGGAGUAGGGCAGAGUUACGCAAGGGAGCUCCUGCAUUCGUGGAUGACGCCAAUACAGGACGACGGACAGGGAAAUUCAUCCCUACAGUUCAACUGGAUGAGGAUGGAUUCGAAUCGAUUGAAGGGCUAUUUGGUAGCCAGGCCUAUGCCGAAGAAGCGGCUACCGUGGUGGAGUACAGCUAUAUCGAGGAGGAAGAGGAAGAAGGAGAGAGCAUGGAGUUGACCCGCAUAGCCGAAAAUGAAGAUGAUAUGGACGACUACGAUAUUCCCGAGGUCCAGCGUGCGUCUUGUGCUCAUUCCGUCCCGCUCCAGCACCUGUGCGACGACCGGUCGUACACAGGUCCUCGCCUAUCAUGGACGAUCACGUUCCCUCUCCUCAACGAUUCUCCCAAUCUUCGCAAUCCACACGAGCAAGGGCUCCGCUUAAUUCCGCGACGGAGUCACAGUCUCAUGCGGAGCUCGUCGCCUAUUGCACCUGACCCCGAACCAGAGGAGGAAGAGGAAGAGGAGGAACCCGAGCCACAGCCUGAACCGGAGAAGAGCAGGAGACGAACGAUCUCAAGGAGGUCCACGCUCGGGAAUGGUGAUCAUAGCGUGGACAUGGAGUUGGACGAACCCACUCUGUCCGUGGUACAGGAGCAGGACGAGGAAAUCGAUGUUGAUGUUGGAUCGCCACCUCCCCCACCACCUCCCCUCCAAAGUCCAACCGCCGCCUCGUCUGUUAACAAGCCUGCUUCCAAGACUGCCCAACCACCAGCCCGCACUCUCACACCGACCCCGCCGCCACCUGCGAACGAUGAUAUGGAGGAAGAAAUUGCCAAUGGCUUAGCACAGCUGGAUGCCGGAGGACGAAGAGGACGAGCCAGAACCCGAGCCUCCCGCCAAAUCCGGCGCAAAAGCCAAGGGCAGGCCAAAGGGCAAGGGCAACGCCAAAGAAAAGAGGCCGAGAUGAGGAAGAGGACGGCCAAAAAUCACCCAAGAAGCCUAGAGCAGGAAAGGGCAAGGAGAAUGCGAAUGCGAGGGAAACCACUGUUGAGCCUGUGGGUCGGAGGAAAAAGCGCGAUUUCAGUGAUUUUCUCCCUGGAGUGGUGGCGCGGUGAAAAGUUCGUCUACGGGCGCUCUCCAGAUCCAGAAGAAGGCCCACUACUCGUUCCCCUCAUCCGCGCCAUUGAACGACCUCCCAAACCCCGCAGCCGCACUAUCCAAAAAGGUACCCAAGAAAGGCGGAAGGAAGACCAAGGUAAAAAAGAAGAGGAAGACCAGGAGCUGGGAGAGGUGGGCGUCUUUGGUGCGCCAAGGACGCAAGAGGAUGGGCUGGACGAAGAAACCGAGGAGCUCGGGGUUGUCAUGGACUAUGCGACCGGGAGGGAAGUUGAACGACGAAUCGCAUUCCCGGUGCUCGACUUCCAGAAGAUUUUUGGAGAUUCGGAUUACUUUGCUGCUGGCAACGUAUACACCAUCGCCAAUAUAUCACAACGCGAUGCCUACAUCUUCUUUGCCCAGUCACGCAAGGUGCUCGAUGAUUCGGAGGAGCCGCCGCCACUCCCGCGUGAGAAAGAGAGCUUGCCGACCAAGGCAAAGGCAAAAGUCGUGGCGAAGAAGUAA